AUGUUAAAGAAUAAUCAUAAUUAGGGGAUCUCAAAUUAAUUCUUGAAAAACUGGAAUAUUCCUUUUCUGUGUCUAAGUUUAUUAAAAGACCAAAAAGAAGCGUGGAUUAAGAGGGGAGUUUAUAUAUUUUAUUCAAUCGUUUAAAAAUUUGCUUUUUCAUUUAUUCUUAAGCAAUAUUUAUUUUUUUUUGUAUAUAUUAAGUGUAAUUUUUUAAUCAUUUUUAUAAAUCUUAAGAAAAAGGAUUAUAUAUUAUAUUGAGUAUUAAUAGAAUUAAGAUAAUAUAAAUUAGAGUGUGAAUGAAUAUAUAUUAGAUAUAAAAUGUUUAAAAAAUGGUUUUCGUAAGUUAAAAUGUUAGCAAGAUGAUCAUAAGGAUGAGAUAGAAACAGUUUGUUAUAACUAGUAUUGUACAGAAUUUAGAUUAAAUUGCUUUAAAUGUCUUAAGAAAAGUAGAAUCCAUCAUGAUCAUUUUGAUGAAAUUGAAAAGAUUAAUACAUUAAUGGAUUUUAUUGAAAGGAAAAAUCUAGAAUGUGAUAAUUUGAUUAAUGAUCUUAAUACAUAUGUAGAAAGUUUGAAUAAACCAUUUUCUUUAUUAAAAAUGGGAAUCAGAUAUAAAUAUUCAUUUUAAAAGGAAAGAUUGGUAAACUUGGAUUCAUUGUAAAUAAAUGAUUAUUUAAAUUCAACUAUCAAAUUCUUUGAAUAGAAAUAAUCAAUUACAACAAUCAUUUCAGAAUAGAUUAAGAAAUUAACUAAUUCAUUAAAUAAUUUAUAUUAAUAAUUAUAAUUAUCAUAAUUUAAUUAUUGUUAUAUUGAUGAUAAUUCUAUAAAAUUAUCUAAAGAUUUAUAUCAUAAAGGUAAUCAUAUUUUAUUAAUCUUUAGGUUAUGAUUUAUAUUUGGGAGAUAAAUAUGUCGAGGCGAUAUAACUAUUGGAUGAAUCAAUACAAUAUAAUCCUUAUAACCAUGAAUCUCUAUGGUGUAAAGGUGAAAUUAUAGUUAAUUAAUAGAUUAAUGCUUAUUAACUUAUUAUUAAAUUAAAUAUAAGAAAUUUAAAUAAAUAUGAGGAUGCAAUCAAUUGGUUGGACAAAGCAUUAGCUUAUAAUCCUAAGCAUGUUAAUUCCUUAAGUCUAAAAGGUAGAUUGAAUAAUAAUGAUAUUAAUAGGGAAUGCUUAUUAACUUAUCAUGAACUAAAUUAGAAUAAGAUUACUAAAAAAUAUAAUGAAUCUUUAUAAUUACUUGAUUAAGCACUGUCCAUCAAUCCGCAACAUAUAUUUUCUCUUUAAAGCAAAGGUAUUAUAUCAUUGUAUUUGUUAGGAGAUUGUUUAAAGGAGAUUAAUAACAAUUUAAAGAAGCUCUAAUUUAUUAUGAGAAAUCAUUAAAGAUUGAUCCUAAUAGUCAAUAUUCAAAAAACUAAAAGGGUAUGCUUAACGUAUUAAAUUAGAAUUUUGCUUAAAGAAAUUGA